GCACUCUCUGCCUGUCUUCCCUCCCCCCCAAAAAAAACAGCAUGGAGCUUGUGUAUGUGCGAGCGCGAGAGUGUCUAUUAUAGUGUUGUGAGAGCGAGCUGGCGAGUGGCUGUUGCUGGCUCUUUCCUCCGAAUAUAAUUGAAUAUAAUUCAAGUGUUUUUGUUGCACUAUUUGUUGUGCUUAUUAUUGUUAUUAUUUGUUUAAAUUACCAACAACAAAGAUAGCGCGCGCUCCGCGCUUUCCUAGUCUUUGCAAAACAUCAAAAAGGCCUCAUCCAGAGCAGAGACAGGAGCAGGAAACACCAACAACAACAAGAACGGCGAUGGCUCAAGGAGAGCGAAUUGCGUAGUGCUGUGCAGCCCUGGUCGAGGCGAAAAAAAAACGAACCCUUUUAUGGGUAUGUCCUGUUUACAAAUUGACGCUGCAAAUUGGAUUUAUAGCGAACGGCGGCAGCAGCAGCAGCAUCGAGAAGCCAGCAGAGCAGCGAGCGAGCAUCGGACGACGAGCUUCGGGCGAGGAACAAGUGGUUGAGGGCCAGCCGGGGGACCCACUUAAUUUCCGUUACCUUACCUUACCAACCGUCCCCAAAAAUAAGAAAACAAAUAAAAUGGAGGAAAUUUCUCUACAGUGAAAACUCUGCCACAAAUAUGGCAAGUGAUUUGAAAAUAAUUGAAAUCGGCUCCCAAUAGUAUGCUACAAAAUAUUUGCAGAUAAACUUGUGAUCUAAAAAUCUUUUGAACACUUUCCUAAUUAAUUUUAAAAUUUUAAAAUUAAUUGUUUCCAAGAGUAUGAUACAGAAAUUGUUUCCAUUUUGCUCUUUGUGGCACUAAAAUUCCCAAACGGUUUAAACACUGGUUUACUUAAUUGUCGAUGGUAUAAAGUGUAGGUGGAUGAUUCGAUGAUAUGUGCACCCACUUAUUAUAAUUGUGUUCAGUGUACGAACUAAAACUACUUUUAGCCCAAUAUCCAAAUCUAAAUUAAACUCUUGAUUAGUUCCUGUUAGCCAAGGGGCACUGUGGCUGGUUAGAACUGGAAAUAGGUGGCUGAGUGCCUGAGUGGCCGAGUGGGUGGGUGGCUUGGGUGGUAUUUGCCGUCUGAGGGGAAAACUCACGCACAAACGUAAAGUAUUUCCCCCGCCGUCAAAGAAGAACAUUUGUUGCUGCCGCUGGAUGAUAUCUUUCGAAAUUGACAACGCCAAGCGGCGCAGCAGCAGUGACAGCAGCGGCAAUAGCAACAACAACAGUGGCAAAUCAAAUAAAUUAAAUUUACACACAUAGUUAAAUUAGUGAAAAUUGAAUAAAACAGAAGGAAGAAUAGACGACAAACGUAAAUAAAAGACAGCCCAGAGCGAGAGGCAACGAGUGACGAGCGCCACACGGACAGAGAGCGCGAGCGAGAGAGGGCAACGUGUCGAGCAACAAAUUAAUAAUACAAAAAAAACACACAAAUAACACCGAGAAAAGUAACACACAAAUUGAAAACAACAACAAAAGCGGCAGAAGCAGCAGCGAUUCUGGAUUUCUAGAGGCAUCACUGGCGGCACAUUCAAAAGAUGGGCUGUGGACAGAGCAAGAUUCACUUGUAUCCCAGGAAAUCGAAGAGUAAAGCUAACGGCAAGAAAGGAGGACACGCCGACUCAGAUGCCGAAACGGACGAGGACGAAGGCCACAUCGAGGAUGCCGAGAAGGCACAGCAGCGCGACCGCGAGAAGCAUGACGAGAGCGAGGAGCAAAGCAAUAAGGACAUUCAGGACAGUGACGAGGACGUGGCCGUCUCCCUGCUGCGCGCCAAGAACCUGUCGCUGCUCCAGAGCCACCAGCAGAACUUCUUCCGCAUGCUGGACAAGAAGAUCGACGAGGGCCCUGACUAUGACUCGGCCAGCGAGACGGAAAUUGCAUUGGAGGAGGCCCGACUGAACGCCCUGCGCCAGCACUGGGAAUCCGCCAGCAUCACCGCCUCCAUCUGCUCCUCUGCGAGCCGAUCGCUGCAGACCACGCCCAUCCGCCAGGUGCAGGUGCCGCUGAAGCAGCCGCCACGCGGUGCCGGCCUGCUGCUUCAGCCCUCCAGCGCCGCCAGCGUCGUCUCCUCCGCAAUGGUCACGCUGCCCACGACGGAGUAUCUACCUCAGCAUAUGAUGGCGGGGCGACAGCAGCAGCAGCAGCAGCAACAGGUCCAGGCUCAGCAGCAGCAACAGGCGGCGGCAGCGGCAGCAGCGGCGGUGCUAUACCAGCAACAGCAGCAGCAGCUCAUCCUCUUGCCGCAGCUGGAGGCCAACGUAGUCAACACGUCCACGGCGGCGGCAGCGGCACAGCUCGCCCAGCUGCAGCAGCAGCAGCAACUUAACCAGCAGCAGCAGCAACUCUACCAGCAGCAACAGCAAUACCUGUUGUCCCUUCCCGCCGGUGCCAAGCCGCAGAGCGUGAGUCCAAAGCGCCUGAUCUAUGGCAGCACUUCCUCGGCUCCGGUGCCACCGCCGGCGCCACCUCCUUCCGUUCAGUAUAUCGCCGCCGGGCCGCAACUGGGGGCGGGUGGCGGUUUCCUUAAUGGCGCCGGCGCCAUUUCCGGAAUCGCAGCGGGUCGAGGGCCCCUGCAGCUAGCCUACUAUGGAGCCGCGCCCCCGAGCACUGCCCCCCAGUCUGCGUCGGCCGCUCCUCCUCUACCACCCAUCAUUGCCCCCGAAACGUACGAACCGCCAACCGCUCCACACAGCCAAAGUCAGCAGCAGCAGCAGCCGCCGCCUCCACCGGGAGCCUACUACGGGGAGAUGAUGCACGGCGUACAGCCCGCACCGGCGGCGGAGUACAAGUUCCCGCCGGCCAUCAGCGUGCAGCGUUUGGCGCCGCAGGUGCAGCGGCAGCUGCGCGAGACGCAGGAACUCAUAAAAGACUCGUGCCCGCAGCUGUAUGCCGCGGGCUAUGGCAGCCCAGGACCACCGAUACGCAACCCCAGCAGGAACCCAACUAGAACUAGACCCACCCUGGAGACGCAGUUCUCUCAGGAACUCUCGUGAUAUCUAUAUAUGUAAACAAACAGCCAGCAGACCGAAGGAGCAGCAGGAGGAAAAUGCACACCCACAUUCACACACACACAGUUUUUGGACAAAACUGCAGCCAAAGAACAAGCAACAAGAAAAAAAAACUAACCCCACAGAAAAAAAAAAUCAAGAAAAGCCAAAAAAAAAAAAAGCGAAGGAGAAAGAAAAUCAAUUAAGAAAUUGUAAAACUGCACUCAAUGUUUCAGACCCUCAGAAAACCAAGAACAAGACCCAGGCGGGCAGCUAUUGAGCCCCCAAAUAUGCGUCGUACUACUUACAAGCCCCCAGAGAAGAGCAACAAAAAACUACUAUACCUAAAUGCGGAGCAACAAAUAAAGGAAACAGCAUUAACUAAACAAAAAAUAUUCAAGAAGGCAGCCAAAGAGAGUGCGAGGACGAGCAGGAUAGGGAUCAGUUUGGAGAGAUCAGAAGGCGGAAGAUAUGUGUAAGUUUAGGAAGCGAGUAUAACGUUAUACGGCCAUAUAUGCAUAUAUGCUGGAAAUGCCACAAGGAGGAGAGGAUCUAGGAGGAGGUGUAGAGCCCGAAACAAAGCAAACACAAAUCAUACAAAGUAAAUAAUAUAAAGUGUAACAAAUGACUUCUACAUUCUCACGCAAUUUUGUUAGUCAUAAAGUUUCAUGGUGUCAUUUUUUUAAACAAAUAUUUUCCGUCAAAUUCUCGAAAUGGUGUAAUAACGUUGGAAGAUGAUAGAAGAAGGAGGAAAUAUGGAUGGAAAUAUAGAUGAUGGAGACGAUUGAAUGUUCGUUGGCAAUGCAAUUAACGGAUGGAUGCUGUCUAGUAAUAUUUGUAUAAUUUAGUUCUAUUUAUUAUUAUGCUAAUUUUUGAUGUAUA